AUUCCCUAAAGUCACUAAUGUUACUAAAUACAUAACCUCAAACCAUUUGUUUUCGUGUUUAGAAUUAAUUAAAUAAUCACAAAGAUGGGUUCGGAGCACUCAACCCAUGUUCAUUCUAGUCAUCGCACGGCAAGUUUAAACCAUGACCCGAAGCAAUCAUCUAAUAUUCGUCGACAACACACUAUUGCGAAUCCUGGAGGGGGCGCGGAUCACCCCGAAUUGUACGACAACGGGCGCCCGGGGUCCAUUUCACCGGGACCCAGUGUCUGCAGCGACACCGACUUGCCCUACAUCAGCUACACAGUGAAUAGGCCAAUCGGAGAUUCCCCCAAGUUAACCAAUCGACAAAUCGUCAAAACCAAACGGAAAAUUCCAACCAAACAAACUAAGAAGUCUGCGCAUAACAUCGUGGUGGUGAAACCGGCAGCCACCGGUCCCAAUCUUGACAGAGACCCUGAUAUUAUGCGCUUGCAGAGUAUUCCGAUGUUCUUGCCUAUAAUGCGGGCCACUUUGAACCUGCCGGCCGCUCGCGACCCCGAGGUUCUAGAGCGCUUGGACCCGGCCCCCUUGCACAAGUUGUGUGUGAAGUAUCAAACCCAUCUGACCGCUUGUGCGAAUUUCGUGGCGACCGAGCAAAACCAGCUGACUCAGAAGGUUCGUGAGACCGAUAACGAAAUCGGGAAGAUCAUAAGCGCCGCGACUGAUAAACAAAAAAAGUUUGCUAAGUACGCCGAAAAGCUGGCUAAAGUGCAGGAGCUGUCGCACCAGCUGAAUCGGUGCCACAUGUUGUUGAACCAAACUCUCGAGUCCAUGGAGACUCUGAACAAUUAUCUGGACAUCGAAGACAGGCUGGAGCCUUUCGUGUGGACGACUGGAUGAUAAAUCGCCUUGACAAGAAUGACAGGCGAGAUGACAGGUGACAAAUAGUGAUCUCAUUUGUUUUUAUUUAUGGUUGCUUGAUGUAAGAAUAAAGUGUUUAAAGGA